AGCCUGGCUGGUCUGAGCUGUGGGGCAGAGCCCUCGCUCUGUUCAAUGAGGAGCGAGGCCCGGAGGCAAACUCACAAGACCUUGCAGGUUUAGUUUACUGCUCCCUGAGCCAAGUGCUUCAGGGUUGAAAGAAACAUAUUUUUCUGGAUCUUGUGCCAAAACAAGAUCUAUGUUUUGUGACAGCAAUUUCCCUUCCUCUGUCUGAUGCCAGAAGUAUUUUUGUUGUCCUAAUCCCAGGGCUCAGAAACUUCAAUUGUAGUGGAGCCUGAGCUGGUUUUGGGCCAGGAGCAGCUUUGUGCUCCAGGUCUCUGUAUUUAAUUAGACCAGUUCAUAGAGAUCAGUGUGAUCAGUUUUACAUGUUGAAGCAAGGUCAUGUUCCAAGGUAAGGCCUCAAAGAUAAGCCUAUUUAAUUUUGGUUCCCCUUUUACUUGGAAAUCCAAAGGAUUAUUUCCUCCUUUUCAGUUCCAGUAGUUCAGGGGAACUUUUACUGCCUACUUGCAUUUUCAGUGUCCUGUUCCCUGUUCUGCCCCUGCUUGUGGGACUGGUGGGGCUGAAGGCUGAUGUGAUGGCACAGGGCAGGGCCACAGGAGCAACCUGUCCCACAGGGGAUCUGCUUGGGCACUGCAUGGAGACUGAAGUGGUUCCUUCACCUCAUCCCCUGUAAAUCUGCACUGUGGGGCUUGAGGGAUGAGCUGGGAGGUCACGACCAUCUCCCUUCUCUGGCUGUGACAGCUGACAGAGCCGGGGCAACUGCAUUAGUGCUUAACAAAGGGCCAGUGCCAAGAGCAGCAUCUGGUGUGGGGGUACAAAGCCUCUACAAAUCCUGUGUGUCUGCACCUUCCUGUCCCACCAGGGCAGGGCUGGCAGGGGUAAACUGAGGCAAGAUCAUGCUCUUUCCAACUUGCUAUCACAGAUGUCCUUCUAGGAAACAGAUAGCAUGUGGCAAAUGCAAACAGCUAAUAGGAACAGAAUAAGGGAAAAGAGCAGUGCAGGUCUGGAAAUAGUUCCUUACAUAAAGGACUAGUGCCUCAAUCUCAUUAGUGUCUUAAGGAGCGGGCGCUUGGCCGCCUCCGACUCCCGCGACGCGAACCACAAUCUGAUCAGCAAUCGGCUUUGGGACCCUGGCAGGUGCCACGUGGCACCAGGACACGGCAGUGCCCCCCGGGCAGCCGCUCCACGGCUCCUCCGAGCUCGCAGCACUCAUCCCAGCCAGCGUGUGCCCAGCGGGAGCGUUCCCAUGAAGCCAGAGCUGCUGUCCCCCGGCCCCUAACAGGAGUCGCGGCUCCCGAGGGCCAGGCACCAUGAGGCAGCUGGGGACCAGGCGGGCGAGUCUCUCGGCCAGCCUGAAGAUAGGGGAUCACCAGGGCCGCCGCCGGACCCUGGAGGAGGAGGCAGUGCACAUCCCCUUCGCGCAGGACAGCCUGGUAAAACAGUGGAGCUCCAUGCAGAACGUGGCGGAGGGAAACGAGGAGAGCGAGACUCCCAUCCAAAGGAACAAGUACCUGCUCAACAUUAACGUGGGUGGCAAGUCGUUCCAGAUAGCUUGCAAGGUACUGGCCCAGUAUCCCAUCACGAGGCUGGGGAAGCUGGCCCUUUACACGGACCCCGCGAAGAAGAUGCAGCUCUGCGAUGACUACUUGGUGCAGAAGAACGAGUACUUCUUUGACAGAGAUCCUUCAGUCUUCCACUACAUCUUCCACUUCUACCGCAGUGGGGUCCUGUGGGUGAUGGAUGAGAUGUGCCCCAGUAACUUUGUGGAGGAAAUCGAGUACUGGGGGAUCCAUCUGAAAUACUCCCAACGCUGCUGCCGGAUCCUGUUCGAGGAAAAGCAAGAUGAACUCAAUGAGUACCUGAAAAUAGAGAAGGAGCUGGAGGCAGAACUGGAGCCCCUGGACUCAGGGAAUAAGUUUGAUGGCAAAUUUCUGGGUGGGUUUCGGAAGAUGAUCUGGAACCUCAUUGAGAACCCGUACUCUUCUGUCCCAGCCAAGAUCAUUGCUGUCAUGUCGAGCUUCUUUGUGCUUAUCUCCAUUGUGGGCAUGACACUGAGCACAGUGGAGGAGAUGAAAAACAAAACAGGGAAGAUGUGGAUGGAGCAGAUGGAGAUGAUCUGUGCCAUCUUCUUCACCUCUGAGUACCUCAUGCGGCUCAUAUCCUCCUCCAGCUUCAAGAUCUUUCUGCGGGCAGCGUUUAAUGCCAUAGACCUGGUGGCCAUCCUGCCCUUCUACGUCCAGCUCCUCUUUGAAAACCUGGACGAAGCAGACACGCUUUACCACGAGGAGUUGCACAAGGUGGAGAAUGUGAGCAAGCUGGGCAAGGUUCUCAAGCUCAUCAAGCUCAUGAGGAUCUUCCGCAUCCUCAAGCUGGCGCGCCACUCCACCGGCCUCCGGGCCUUCAGCUUCACCAUGCGCCAGUGCUACCAGCAGGUUUGCUGCCUCCUCCUCUUCAUUGCCAUGGGUGUCUUCACCUUCUCCGCCCUCAUACACUCGGUGGAACACGAUGUCCCCGGCACUGACUUCACCAGUAUCCCCUGUGCGUGGUGGUGGGCAGCGGUCAGCCUCUCCACCGUGGGCUAUGGAGACACCGUGCCUGACACAAUACUCGGCAGGAUGGUGGCAUUUGUCUGCAUCUCCUUUGGCAUCAUCCUCAAUGGCAUGCCCAUCUCCAUCCUCUACAACAAGUUUUCUGACUACUAUGCCAAGCUGAAGGCUCAUGAGCUAAGCCAGUCACAGCAGCUCUCCAGGAGGGUCCACCUGAAGGAGCGAGUCCUGCGGAAGCUGUCGGAGUGCUGGAGAGCCGACCCCCGCUAUCACCGCUGACCACAGGCCCCCCACCCCCGGACACCCCCUGCCCUCUGUCCUGACCAGCAGGCCCUGUCCUCCAGGGAGGCUCUGAACCAUGGGCAGUGAGUCACAGCAGCGUGCAGGGCUCUGCUGUUGCACAGGGGCCACUGCCAGCUGGGCCCCCUCCCUGCUGUGUGCUGGCCACUGUCCUGCAGAGCCGUCAGUCAGAGCUGCCUCAGGAGCUGUCUCAGGGCAGGGUGUCUGUGUGUCUGUCUGCAUGGGCCAAGGUGUGGGGCACCCUGGAAUCCCAGGGAGUGAGCAGCAGGAUGUGUGGGGCUGAACUGUCACCUGUCUGAGGAUGGUGGCCCACUGUGACACCUGCCCAGGUGCUGCUCUUCUCCCUCUUGAGUGGAACGUGCACAGGCUCCCCCUGCCCAGGGCCCUGUGACUCCCUUCCAGCCAAGCAGAUGAGCCGUCCAGGCCAAGUCUAGCUUGGAGAUUUGGGUGAAGGUCUGCAGAAAAGGCUGCAGCCAUGCACACUUCCAGACAAACCCACUCUCCUUCCCACUGCCAUGGAGCCUGGGGGCACAGUCCUUCCUCGGGAUGCUGCUGUGAUGGGACCUGUGGGCACUGUGGGGGUGCAGACCUUGUAGCCCAGGAACAGGCAUUUAAUAAACCAGGCCCAAACCCUU